GAAUUGCAUAAGUAAAUAAUACUAAUUACAAAUUUUAACAAAAUAAAUCUUAAAAGAAAUUAUUUUAAAAAUAACUAAUACAAUUGAACCCUGCUUUUGCAAGGUUAAAGAUCUAUCCUUGAACUUAAACAGGCUUAAUUAUUUACGUUAACAUUUUAUAUUUGCUUAGCGAUAGGUACCAUAUGUAAAUAAGUACAUUAUAAACUAUUAUAUAUAUAGGUAUCCUAUAUUAGGAGUGUUUUAGUGUUAUUACCAUCCGUUAGUAGGUAAGUACCUCUAUAAGUUUAAGGACUUUAUGUUAAAAUAAUAUCUAGGUAAGUAGAAACUAUAUAUAGGCAAUAAGUAUGUAAUAACUGAAGGAAUGUGUCCAUGUCCAACCUCACACAGCACACAAAUUACAUUUCGACGUUUCAUACGAAGAGACUUAAUUUAAUUGACUAUUGUUUGAAUAAUAUUAGUUAUUUACGAUACAAGUGCGUAAAAGAGGAAAUUCGAAACCAGUGGCGAUAAAUUAAAUGGCGAUUUUAAAUCGACACGAGUUGCGAAUUAUCUAUUCGCACGUGUAUCGUACAACGUUUUACAGUAAAUAUGGCCCUUUAAACAUUUGACAUCGCACGAAAAGUGCUAUUUUACGCACUAGUGCGGGAAAAUAGGACCAUAUGUACUGUAAAAAUAUUUUUUCUGCUUUCCUUGAUAUUUAUUUUCCGAUUUUGGUUAAGAAUACCUAAGUAGAUAGGAUUCCGCGAUUCUGCCCCAAGGUCCGCCCCGAGUAUUGCCUGCUAGGCCAACACUUGAUUGGUAAGUACCUAAUGUUCCGUCUAAAAAAAAUCGGAAUGACUAAUUUUACGAAAAAAGUAUACGGGAAACGCCGAAUACCUACAAAUUAAAGUUGAUUUAAUUUUCGGGUUUUACCACCCACUUUACCCAAAAGGGUUGGGUAAUACUAGGUAUACCCAGGUAAAUCUUACAAAAUGAUUUAAUUCCCUAUUAGUUCCAGAUACAAUGGCUACACGUGCAAACCAAGAAUUAUUACAUACGAAUAAAGACCUGCCCAAGUUAAUAGCACCGCAAGCAGACGAUUGGCAGUUCAAGAUUUCAUACGAAACCGCCGCUAUAUUUUUCUGCUUGCAUCUUUCGGCGAUUUAUGGACUAUAUUUAUGCUUUACGUCGGCUCAUUGGGCUACUAUUAUUCAUGGCCUGGUGUUCCUCGAAGCCGCACUACUUGGCACAUUAGCCGGAGCGCACCGCCUCUGGUCCCACAGGAGCUUCAAAGCCAAACUGCCGCUCCAAAUCAUCCUCGUAAUCUUCCAGUCUAUGGGAGGCCAGUACACCGUCCUCAACUGGGCCAAGGACCACAGGAUUCAUCAUAAACAUAGUGACACAGAUGCGGAUCCUCACAACUCUACGAGGGGUUUCUUCUUCUCUCAUGUAGGCUGGUUGCUGGUGCAAAAGCAUCCGGAAGUCAAAAGAAGAGGGGCCAGUAUAGACUUGUCAGAUUUGAAGAACAAUCCUGUGGUGGCUUUUCAGUACAAACACGGGUUCGCCUUUAUAGUUAUGUUCACCUACGUCAUCCCCACCCUGGUCCCAAUGUUGUUCUGGGGGGAGACCUUGAAGAACGCCUGCUUCGUGAACAUCCUCCGCAGCAUUUUGUGUCAAAACUGCACGUCUAUGAUAAACAGCUUUGCCCACGCCUUCGGGAACAGACCUUAUGACAAAGAACUCCGAGCUACAGAAAACAUGGCUGUGACCCUGGCCACUCUUGGCGAAGGAUUCCAUAACUAUCAUCACGUCUUUCCAUGGGACUAUAGGGCUGCAGAACUAGGCAUUAGUAGGUUUAACUUGACAUUAGCUUUUAUAGACUUCUUCGCAUGGAUAGGAUGGGCGUACGACUUGAAGACGGUGGAAUAUGACGUGGUUGCUAAAAGAGCUAAGAGGUGCGGCGAUGGCACGUUUAUAGAACUAGAACCGAAAAGAGAGAUGCAUUCUAAGGAUAAACUAGAAUUCGAUAGUGCUUACGCAAGGUUUUAUUAGUAUUGUGCACUUUUAACGACGAGAGGACGAGACGUAAAUUUAUUUGUAAGCAGUUGCCUACUUAAUACAUUAGUUUUAAUUGACUAUUGUUUGACUAAUAUAAUAUAUAUUUUUUUCUGUUUUCCUUGAUAUUUAUUUUCCGAUUUCGGUUAAGAAUAAGUAGAUAGGAUUCCGCGAUUAUGCCCCAAUAGUUGUGUUUGCUCAGAGCAAAAAAAGGUCAACCACGGCGUUGCAUGAACAAGAGAUUUCCUUUAGCAGGAUUGGUCCUUAGGACCCAAGGAUGGAUUUAAGAAGUGGAGCCACCCAGAUUUUUGGUGCAGGUUUUAAGCGUC